AAAGCCUCCAGUCUUUCACCCCGCUGAAGCAACAGAGGAAAGGGGAAACGGCGUCGAAAGCAACCACGAAGUAUAGUCUUGGAACGAUAUUUCUCAACUCUUUGGCCUUUUGGAUAGAGCCGCGCGCCGCUCUCAAACCCGGCGUCCGUUAGCUUCCCUGCCGCACCCGAACCCGACUGCCUUUUGUUUCCGGUCACACAAACGCUCGUCUCGACCAAUGGGGCUUCAAAGGAGGCGCUCGCGAGGCUUCUGUUUCCUCACCAUGGCAACCGCCGCCCUGUAAAUCCCUCGGCUCUUCUCUCCGGGCCGCCGGCGGUUCGUCAUGGCGGAGCUGGGACUCAAUGAACACCAUCAGAAUGAAGUCAUCAGCUACAUGCGAUUUGCACGCUCCAAGCGUGGUCUGCGCCUAAAGACAGUGGACUCCUGUUUUCAGGAUCUUAAGGAAAGCAGGUUGGUGGAAGACACAUUCACUAUUGAUGAAGUUACAGAUAUACUGGAUGGCUUACAGACCGUGGUACACAGUGAAGUGGAAUCUGAGCUUAUUAACACAGCAUACACCAAUGUAUUGCUUCUGCGCCAAAUUUUUUCCCAAGCAGAGAAGUGGUAUCUUAAACUGCAAACUGACAUUUCAGAGUUGGAAAAUAGGAAUUUAUUAGAGCAAGUUGCAGAGUUUGAAAAGUCAGAAUUUACAUCUUCAAAUAAGAAACCCAAUCCAGAACUGGUUAAGCCUAAACUUACUCCAUUGCAUGAUGGAGCAUCAGAACUCCUGCAGAAGGAAAUUGCAAGACUCCAAGAAGAAAAUGAAAAAUUGAGGAGCAGAUUAAAGACAAUAGAAAUGCAGGCUACCAGUGCACUGGAUGAAAAAUCAAAGUUGGAGAAAGCUCUCCGAGAGCUUGAGAUUGUUCAAGGAGAUCAUAAGUUAAACCCUACACAGGAUCUUUGUGAACUAGAAAGCAAUAUGGCUGAUUUGAAGUACAAAUUAGAAAAAACUUUGCAUGAUAGUACUGCAAGCCAAAAAUCCCUGGAAGAGAAUCUGGUUUCAACAAAGCAUGACCUGCUUAAGGUUCAGGACCAGUUAGCUAUGGCUGAAAAGGAACUGGAAAAGAAGUUCCAACAAACAGCUGCCUAUCGCAACAUGAAAGAGAUUCUGUCCAAGAAGAACGACCAGAUCAAGGAGCUAAGAAAGAAGCUUUCGAAAUAUGAACCGGAUGAUUAAUAUCAGAAAACAUUGGCCAUGUCAAGGCACUGCCAUAUUGGAUAAGCGGACAAUUGAGAAUAUAAGGGAUCUAUUUUUGAAUUUGUUGCAAGUUACACUUUUCAAGAAGUUUGUUUCUAAUUUUCUUUUUCUCUCUUUUUGGGAAGGUAUAUUUACUGUAAUGAAGUAAUAGCAGAAUUGAGAACAAAGAAAAGGGCAUAGUCUUAUUUCUGUAUUUCAAGCCUUUUUUUGAAUAGUUAUUACUCUGUCUAUUGCCUAUAAACACAGAGUACCUAUAGUAGAAAAUAUUCUUAUUUUAAACAAAGGAUAAAUUUUUCAUUCCUUACAUAUUUGUAAGAUGCAGGCCCAAAGAAUCUAUUCCAUGCAAUCUACAUGUGUCCUAAAUGUGGUUUUAUUUUUACAAAUGUAGUAGCAGCAGGAGAAAAAAGCUGGUUUUGUACAGUAAUAACAGAAACCAUUAACUCCUCAAUUUCCAAUAAAGUUUCAUCACCAAGAGAAAA